UUUGUUUCGGUCAAGCCACCGCCCAUAAAUAAAGCCGUGUGGUAGUAGCCUAUGUUUGUUUACUGUUUGAGGUUGCUAAAAUGGCGGACGCUCAAUCAGUAGGUGAGAGUAUAAGCUUUCUAACGAUGUAUAACAUGUCUGAUUUUGCUUUUGGAAUAGCGUUUUAUAGGUUAGCGUAACCGAACAUUUUCUUACCAUGGCAUCUAUAUGGUAGCAUUAAAAAACGUUACACCUAAUGAAAUGUUGUCAACGGUUUUUCAUGAUUCCUUGGAAAAUACCAUUAUUAUUGAGGACUUCUGGGCAUAGCUAAGCCAUAUGUUUGCUGAUAGACCUAGCUGACAUAGUUUUCUGGAGCAAAACAAUUAGUGCAAUUAGGAUUCAGCUGUGCAGGACCCGCAGAAGUUCUCCUAGAGCGGGCUAAGUAUCUGUUUUUUGCCAUUAGUGUAGCUAGAUUAGACUUCUACCUGUUUUGUAGUUUGCCCAACAUUAGUUUUGGUGUUUGUUUGUGAAGUGUAGUAUCUUAUUGGCCUCAUUUGCUCUUAACUGACUGCAUCAAGCAGGUAUUGUGUGGAGCUAGUUAGCUACUGGUUUGUGGGGAAAUUGCUUGGUCACCAGCUGCUUUUCAUUUGCUAAUUAGGGCUUGUAGUCUGGCUUGGAGCGACACUAUAUUAGAACUGUUUUGAGUUAGUUGGGCAGAAAGUGCAAUUGGGAUUCAGCUGUGCAGGACCCGCAGAAGUUCUCCUAGAGCGGGCUAAGUAUCUGUUUUUUGCCAUUAGUGUAGCUAGAUUAGACUUCUACCUGUUUUGUAGUUUGCCCAGCAUUAGUUUUGGUGUUUGUUUGUGAAGUGUAGUAUCUUAUUGGCCUCAUUUGCUCUUAACUGACUGCAUCAAGCAGGUAUUGUGUGGAGCUAGUUAGCUGCUGGUUUGUGGGGCAAUUGCUUGGUCACCAGCUGCUUUUCAUUUGCUAAUUAGGGCUUGUCGUCUGGCUUUGUGUCAUUGCAUCCCUAUCCUUCUACCAUCACCCUUCCCCUCUCUACUCCCUGUCCUCAUUGCUAUGCCAUGUGUCCAUCCCAUCCCAACCUGUUCUCUCCCCUUCAGAACUCGCUUCUGCAGGCGAGGCCCCCCGCGGCGACGGAACCCCUCCAACCUUCGCUAUCCCUCAUUGACCCCCUGUGACAACUUCACGGUCGCAGGAGGGCUAUGGAACUGCCAGUCUGCUACGCGGAAGGCUGACUUCAUUUCAGCCUACGCGUCCCUCCUCUUUACAUUUCCUUGCCCUGACUGAGACCUGGAUCACACCAGGCAACACUGCAACCCCUGCAGCCCUCUCCUUCUCCUUCUCUCACACCCCCCGCCCAUCUGGCCGUGGUGGGGGCACAGGGCCCCUGGGAAGCUUCCUUGAUGAGCUCGACACCCUGCUGAGCUCCUUCCCGGAGGAUGGCACCCCACUGAUCCUCCUGGGAGACUUCAACAUCCACCUUGAUGCCUCCCACUCCGCAGCCUUCCUGCCUCUACUUCACUCAUUCGAUCUCUCCCUAAUGCACUCCCCACCAACACACAAAGCUGGCAAUCUCCUAGAUGGUUAUCCUGAGGAAUUGCUCCUCUUCCAAUCCCACAGUGACCCCUCUGCACCAGUCUGACCACCACUCCAUUUCCUUCUCCCUCCCUCUUACUCCCCUCCCUCCCUCCCCUCCAUCCACUCCUACUGUCAUGGUCCGCCGUAAUCUCCGCUCCCUCUCUCCCUCCUCUCUCGCUUCCAGUGUCACUGCUUCACUCCCCACUCUUGAAUCCUUCUCCAACCUUCCCACUGACUCUGCAUCCUCCACUCUGUCUUCCUCGCUCUCCUCAGCACUUGACUCUCUCUGUCCUCUAGUCUCCAGGCAGGCACGCUCGUCCCCUCCCAGUUCGUGGAUGUCUGACCCCAUCCGAACCAACCGGGCCAGCCUACGUGCAGCGGAGAGGAAGUGGAGGAAAUCCAUGGCUCAAUCCGACCUGUCUGCCUACCAGUCUAUGCUAGCUACAUUUUCUACCGCUCCAAAAUUAAUUAUUAUCAAACAAAAAUUCAUAAAUCUGCCUCUAACCGUCAUCAGCUGUUCUCCAUUUUCUCCUCUCUCCUCAGCACUCCUUCCCCACCUCAGUCCUCCCUCGCUGCAGAUGAUUUUGCAGUUUUCUUCGAUGAGAAAAUUGCAGACAUCCGCAGCUCCUUCACGUCCACCACCACCCUUCCCCACUCCCCCAUCUGUUCCCUCCCCUUGUUUCUCCACUUUCUCUCCCCUCACUGACUCUGUUUCCCAGCUCCUACUCUCCCACCGCCCUACCACCUGUGCUCUUGACCCCAUCCCUUCCUCUCUCCUUCAGACUAUCACACCUGACAUCCUCCCAUAUGUCACCUCCCUUGUGAACUCCUUGUCUUCUGGAUGUUUCCCCUCUUCUUUCAAGCUGGCCCACAUCACCCCACUGCUGAAAAAGCCCACUCUGGAUCCCUCUGUCAUCCAGAACUACCGUCCUGUCUCCCUUCUCCCUUUCCUAUCCAAAACAAUUGAACGAGCUGCUUCUAAUCAACUCUCCUCUUUUCUCUCCCUGAACAAUCUCCUAGACCCCUAUCAGUCUGGCUUCAGACCUGGCCACUCGACAGAGACCGCACUCCUCUCGGUCAAUGAGUCGCUUCACGCCGCACAAGCAGCCUCCCAUUCAUCUGUCCUGAUCCUCCUAGACCUUUCUGACACCCUAUGGGGAUCUGUGGCACCGCACUAG